AUGGAGUCUCACACCACCACAUCCACGCCCGGCGCGACAACCGGCGAGGUUACGCCUCUUCUGCCCACUUCCACAACCUCGACAACCCGUCCCAAGGGACACCGUACCGUCACAUUUAGCGAAAAUCCCGUUACCCGCACCUUCUCGCCCAUCCGGCAGCAAUUGCCAGCUCGAAAUCCCAAUCACCACGCCUCCAGCCCAGUCACGUCGCCAAGUGGUACCAGCGGCCCUCCCAUGCUCGCCGCUCUCAACAACAAGCUCCGCCGACGAAACAGCCAGAGCGCGGUGCCCGCCGUCGCACAAUUGGGUCUUGGUCCCAAGAUUGGCCCCCAGCGAAGCACGAAGAAGACGGAAAAGCUUAAGCUCCUGCCCAACCCCGAUAUCGACGAGGAGGGAGUUGACGAGGAGAGCGGGAGGGACGUCUACUCCCAAUACACCCGAAUUAAAGACCCCACAGCGCGUAGAGAUGCCGCACGACUGGGCAAGGCAGACCGUGCCCGGCUGCCACGCGUUACAGCCUAUUGUACCGCCAAUCGAUACGAGAUGGACGGCCUGAUGCGGUUCCUCAAGGGAAGGGGGAAGUCGAGGGGCGCGAACCCAAAACUCAUCGACGAGUGUAUAUACACGCCUUACAACUACGCAAAAAGCUCCCGCAAUCGCCCAGAUCCCGUUCAGAAUUAUGAACGUCGACAUUCGACGGGCGGCGAAGGCAUCAACGGAGGGCAGCAGAUCAGAGAAGAUUUGAUAAACCUGCACUCGGAUGGCGCCGAAUCCGGGAAUGGGAUCCCGCCCUACAAUGGCCAUGCCGACGGAGACAUUGCCCACCUAGCCAACCAAGACCUCCUGGGUUCGGGCCUGGGCGACGAGAGCGCUAUCGCAGAUACUAACCCCGACUUUGACACCCAGAUUCACACACCCGAGGUCUUCCUAUUUGACUACGGUGUCGUGGUGAUCUGGGGAAUGACGGAGGCGCAGGAAGCCAAGUUCCUCAAGGACAUUUCCAAGUUCGAAACAGAGAAGCUCGCGCCUGACGAUGUCGAGACGGAGCUUUUCAACUUUUACUACACCAGAGAAUACCAGGCUCGCAUCUACAACGACUUCAUCACGCUGCGUGACAAGACCAACUACAUGACAAAGCUGGCAAUUUCCCACGCCCUGGCACAGAGCGUCAAGACCUCGCUCUUCGAAGAGCUCAUUGCGUCCACAGUCGAGACAUGCAAGGAUAUCCCCACCCAGAUCGCCCUGACCGGCAAGAUCGCACUGCGCCGCUCCCAAAUCAACAUGCAAAUUGGCGAGCUGUUCAUCCUCCGUAUCAACAUCCACCUGAACGGCUCCGUCCUCGACACCCCGGAGCUGUUCUGGGUCGAGCCCCAGCUAGAACCCGUCUACCAGGCUGUCAGGAGCUACCUGGAGAUGGACCAGCGCGUAGGCCUCCUGACCGAGCGCCUAGACGUCAUUGCGGACCUGUUGGCGGUGCUCAAGGGCGAGUUGAGCCACGGCCACGACGAGAAGCUCGAGUGGAUUGUUAUUGUUCUCAUCGCUGCAGAAAUCCUAGUCGCCGCCGUGAAUAUUGUAGUGGAUCUGUACAUGGGGGAGUAA